ACCGAGCCAAGUUUGUUUUUCUUCUGUGCGCUCCCACUCGAUUCCACUUGCGGAAAAACUUAUCGGUCCAAACGGAUAACGAAGAUGAGGCUGACUUUGCUUCGCUUUGCGCGGCUCAACCCGUCAGUCAAGGAGCUCCGGCUACACCUCUGCCAGACUGGCGAAGAAUCAAAGGGUGUACGUGAUUUCGUCAACACUCGCUAUGUACAAUUGAAGCGGGAUAAUCCCUCACUACCGAUAUUGGUUCGUGAGUGCAGCGGUGUACAACCAAGAGUCUGGGCCCGUUACGGUAAACUGGGAAAAGAAAAAUCUGUAACACUAACAAACGCUACUGCUGAGGACGUCUCGAAGCAUAUCGAACAGCUGGGCAAGGCGCAAUAGAGCCACCCAUCUAUCGAGGGUCGUUGGAAGAUGUUAGGAAAUUGAAUGUAAACAACAACAGUACAUGGAAUAAAUCAUUUCAAAGGCUAAAAUCAUCGGCGAACUGGAAUUGAGGUCACACAUCUAUUGCUCUUAAAAUAUGUUGUUGAUUUACGUUCUGGCUAUUACAGCUUUAAGUGUAAUAAUGCUAAAUUUACUGAGAUAGGAAAUAGCUUUCCAACGC